GCUAGUAGGCUGCUGCAGAUCGCUCGGUUCUCACAGCUCCAUGUGCAUAGAGCUGGUGGCUGUCUGCUCUGCCCCCUUCAUUUACUGAAGCACUGGGUGAUGGAGUGGGCGGGAGCACCAGGCUCAGGAUCUCAGCGGCCCGCUGAGAGGCUGAACUGGGUGCUUGUCCAGGCAUGUGGGCGGGGUCCCAACUUCAUUGUCACAAUCUUGCCCGAGCCUGGUCUGACUGUGACUUUUAUUAACCAGUCUGCAGCCAGCUAUAAUUUUCCAAGACUACCAGAAAUAUUAAAUGUUGCUAUUAAUACACACAACUCGCAUGACAAAAGUUACAAUAAAAAUAGUUCUUGACUAUAAUAUAAUUCAUGAUAAUAUUUAACCACUAUAAUGUCAGUAAUAAUAAAAUAAAGUAAAUGUUCUUGUUUAAAAAAAAAAAAAAAAUUAACAAAAAUGGCAUAAUUAUAAUAUACAUUUAAGCUCAGCUUAAACAGGAGAUGGGACUCUGUGCUUUUAUUAAAAAAAUAAAAUAAAAAAAAUGUAUAAAUGGUACUUUCUUAAAGGGGGUUAUAAUGGUUACCUGUCUAUGCUAAACUGCUUACACUGAGAAAAACCUUGUUUACAGAGCUCAGUAGCUUCACCUGAAAUCUGUUUUUCAAUCAGUUCUGUUAAAACGUUCAGCAAGAGAAUCUUAUCAAUUGAAAAAGCUUCAAAAUGUAAAAUUGAUUCGAAACUAUAUUCACAAAAUUGAAACUCCACAUUACCUGUCUGCACGUUUAAUUGGAUAGCGGUCCAUCAAACUUUUGGAAAUUACUUUUGUCCCAGUUUUUAUGAAUCGAUCUUAUAACAAGACCAGCAUGCAAAUUGUUAAGGAAUGAAAGUAAAGCUAUUGCAUUAGCAGUGGUGUCUUGUUUCUCUAGUUAAAUAAAAUGAAUGAUUUCUGGAAGUUGGCGCAGAAGUGGGGCUGAUGCACUCGGCAAACAGAUGCGCUUUCUUAAUCCUAUUUCCCAGGGAAUCCCUUUGAUGGGCGCAGCAGCUCCAGUUUUGUUUGCUCUGCAAUAUGUUAAUUGCAACCGUUAUAUGUAACCAUUGUUUAAAUAAAUUAUUACUCACAUUGGUGGGGAAAUCAAAUCGUGACUAGCAUACAUGACACAUGAUCACGCCAUGCCUGUUGUAGAGGGGUUACAUUUAGGAAAUAUGUGCAUGGAAAACAACUGUAUUUGUUAAUGAGACCGCAAGCUUAAGUUAGUCACACUUAGGAACUUUUAUGUAAGUCUCGAAAAUAUAUUGUUUUAUUUCAAUUUUUCUCUGAAAUAGAUAACUACUGAAGCAUUUCACAAUGAAUUAUUCAAUCAGAAUGACAAAGAGAAAGUGAAGUUGGCUCUCUGUCAUCCGAAGAUCAUGACUUUGACCCUACAGCUGAAAUGUUGGUACAUGAUUAUGAUGAUGAGAGAACUCUUGAAGAAGAAGAAAUGAAGGAAGACGGAAAAAACUUCAGCUCUGAAAUUGAAGAUUUAGAAAAGGAAGGAAACAUGCCUUUGGAAGAUUUAUUAGCCAUUUAUGUCUACGAGCCUGCAGAUCCAGUUCUGGCAGGAUCCAGCGUUGGCAGCUCUCCCAGCGAGUUGGCUGAUGAGCUCCCUGACAUGACGCUAGAUAAAGAGGAAAUUGCAAAGGACCUUUUGUCAGGUGAUGAUGAAGAAACACAGUCUUCAGCUGAUGAUUUGACUCCAUCCGUCACGUCGCACGAAACACCAGACUUUUUUCCUCGGCCUUUAAGAUCAAAUACAGCAUAUGAUGGCGAUAAAGAGUGGGAAAUUGAGGAUUUGGAAACAGAAAUUGGAAAUUCUUCAGAAGAAUUAAGAAAGGAAAUAAUGGUUGGUUCACAGUAUCAGGCAGAAAUCCCACCUUUUCAGGGACAUUACAUGGCAUAUUUAUCUGACUACGAACACCAAGAUCAGUUGAUCUGGAGUCCAGAAUUUGUUCCAGAGAGCAAAGUGGAGGCUUUUUGUUGGAAACCAGCUCUGCAUGAGCUCUUCAAGUGUGAAUACGACUUCCCAGAGGCAAUGGAAAGGUUUUGCAGUAGAGGAGCGUUGCAUGAAGAGUUCAAGCCUUGGACUGAGGAAGAAUGUAGAAAUUUUGAACAUGCACUUCUAAUCCAUGGGAAAGAUUUUCAUCUAAUACAGAAAAAUAAGGUGAGAACCCGCACAGUAGCUGAAUGUGUAGCUUUUUAUUACAUCUGGAAGAAAUCGGAGAGAUACGACAAUUUUGCCCAGCAAACGAGAUUUGGCAAGAAAAGAUAUCACCAUCAUCCUGGAGUAACGGAUUACAUGGACAGAUUGGUAGAUGAAGCAGAGGCACUUGGAGGAGUUGAGCAUCCAUUGGCCUUAACCUGCCAGAAUAGGUCCGAGUCCAUGCCUGACACCCAGAUUAACAUUCUGAAUAUAACUGCGAACGACCUUACAGCACUGACGCACAGCGUGGUCAACGUAUGCAAUUCUACAGACGUAAUCUGUUUAAAUGAUGGCUUCCCAUCGCUAGACUCAUUGCCCCGAGGCUCAGUGAACCACGUGCCUGUCGGCACAGAAGACCUGCUCAACUUGCCCAGCAAUGGCGAAAGUGAUUGCUUUACCUUGUUUGAGACUGGAUUUUAUCCUCCUGACGUCAACCCGGUGAGCUUAUGUGGCGAGGAAAUGGAGAGGCCGGCGAAAAGGAUAAAAAUGGGGAUCUCCGUCCCAGAACCCUUCAUCAACGACGUGUCUGUAAAUAACCUAAGUGUAGACUUUGACAACCAUGCGCACCAUAUUACCAGUGCCAAAAUGGCUGUAUCCAUGGCAGACUUCAGCAGUCUUUCUGCAAAUGACACAAAUAGUUUUAUAAGUUCGCACACACUACACCAUACAGCCCUGCAGUCGGAGUGACUCCAUCCUCCUACGAACGUUCUGUUUUGGGGACGCAGCCGCCGCAAAAUCUGAUCAUAAACUUCGGGUUUGCUUAGUCUUUCACUGGAAGUUUGAACUUUUCACUAUGACAUCAGUGAUGUCUUUGUAUGUAAAGAACUAUAUCUUGAUUUUUGUCAAGAAUUUAACUUUUUUUUUUUGGUCCAUUUAAUGGGAAAAAUGACAAUGUUCGGCAGAGUUGGGAACUCGGAUUAUGAUCUGGGAAAGCAGCUUUUAGGCUUAACUUCUAUUUUUCUUUAAAAUUUGUUAGAUAAACUUGGUCUCCAUCUAAAAAAAAAACAAAAAAAAAGUAAACCAGCACAGGUUCAGGAUCUAAGUAGGCGACAUUUGAUGUAAGCUUUGUUUUACAGCAGAGAGUUCAGUGGAUAACCAAUGUUUACAGGAUGCAGUCCUUUCCCUGCUAAAUGUAGCAUUUUUUUAUUUUAUUUUUUAUUUAAAGCAGGGCUGGAAAUUCUAAUUUGAACUGCAGUCUCACCCUUCACAAAUUUUUUUUUUUUUUUUUUUCUUUAAGCAUACGAUUUCAUAAGAGAUAUAAAAGAAGAGCACUUGCGCUGACCCCAAGACCAGCAACUACAGCUGGUGCAUGGGGCAGUAUACACUUCACCAUGUUUUUUUUUUUUUUUGAUAAAUACAUAAUGUUCUUUAUACUGCCAGAGUGGAUCUGUAUACCAUAGCUGAAUGUGUCGUCUUCUGUCUCUUUUUGCAGUGUUGUUUUUUUUCACCGGGAGAAAGGGAGUGCUACUUGUCCAAUAACAUAUAUAUCUUUUUAUUUUAUUUUUUUUAAAAGGAAGAAAAAAAAAAUUACACCUGAAUCAUUUUAUUUUUUUAUUUUUUUUUAUUUAUUAGGAAGCAGAUAUUGUCCAAGCUUAAAGUGUAUGUCGAGGUGUUCCCAAAUUUACCCCAAGACCCGCAUAGUCCUUUUUUUUUUU